AUAAAUACCGGAAUAUAUAAUUUUCUUAGAAUAUAGUAAUGUUUUCUAAAAAAACUUGUACAUUCCAUCAUCCCUUUCAAAUUAGUCUAACUUCCGGUUCCGUUAGUCCAUGUGCGAUUCAGAAGUAACACGUCAAAAAUGCCGAAGUCAAAACGUGACAAGAAAAUUUCUUUGACCCGGACCGUCAAGAAAGGUUUAGAAGGAAAACAACAACUUAUACAAAAUAUUCAGGAUUCUGUGGAUAAAUAUGCAAGAAUUUUUAUUUUUUCUGUUGAAAACAUGAGAAAUGUUCAACUAAAGACCAUCCGUUAUGAGUGGCGACAUAGCAGAUUUUUCUUUGGCAAAAACAAAGUAAUGGCAUUAGCCUUAGGGAAAUCUAUUGAAACUGAGUACCGUGAAAAUUUACACAAAUUGAGUGCUCAGCUGAGAGGUCAGGCAGGACUUUUGUUCACUAACAAAACAAAAGAGGAAGUCUUGAAAUACUUUAAUGAAUUUUAUGCUCCUGAUUUUGCUCGAUCUGGAAACAUUGCCACACAAGAUGUUGACAUAGAUGCAGGGCCUUUGACAAAUUUUUCUCAUUCCAUGGAACCACAGUUGAGACAACUUGGACUUCCGACUAGUCUUAAUAGAGGUGUUAUUACCUUGACUAAAGAUUAUCAAGUCUGUAAACAAGGAGAGAAAUUAUCUCCAGAACAAAGCAGAAUCUUGAAAUUAUUUGGUAAUAUGAUGGCUGAAUUCCGAAUCACAAUGGAAGGAAUGUGGUCAAAUGAUGGUUCCUGGGAAGUUUUUACCACGACCAAGUCUUUGAACCAAACUGCUGAUCCACAGAAAGAUGAAGAGGAAAUUGAGGACUCUUAGCACAAGCAAUAUUUUUCUGUAAUGACUAUAGUAUUGUGUAAAUAAAAUUUAUACUUAAAUGAUAA